AUGGCGAACAAGGCUUUUUUUGAUAACCAAUACGAGGUCGAUCGUGAUGCCAUCCCGGACCAUUCUCCCGAAGAAGCUCUGGAAUAUCUCAUCCAAGCUAUCGGGGAGAAGGACCUUGGUGAUGUUAAAAUCGCUGUCCAGAUGUAUGUGAAGGCACUUCCAAAAACCACAUAUGUUGGCCUUGAAAAGCUGCUGCGAGCCAAAAACAUACCCCUCUUCCUCAUUGGGGUGGAGAAGAUAGACAUGGCGUCAACCUUCACCAAUAUGGACUUUCAAGGAAAUUUGGACAAACAGUUUAGCGUCACGUAUCGCUUCCAAAGUCGUCCGUCUCGGCCCCGCGAGAAAAACAUCUGGCCAACCAGUGCUGAGGAGAAUUUGGCUCGACUUGCCAACGGAGGGGAGCCUGUGCCUCGUGGUAUUCCCCUGUGCUCUAACUGCAAAGAACUUGGCCAUAUCAGUCGCAAUUGCCCGAUUGAAAAGCAGGAAAUACUCGACAAGGCUACAGUGACCUGCUACAACUGCGGAGAAACAGGCCAUCGUGUUCGCGACUGCCCAGAGCCGAGGUCGGCCGAGAACGUCGAAUACCGGAAGUGCGGUGAAAAACCUCGGAAUGUAUCCAAGAUGCAAUGCCACAAUUGCGAUGAGUACGGGCACAUAUCUAAGGACUGCCAGGUGCCGCGAAACAUGGAUCGAACACGGAACUUCAACGGCCAACAGACGGACCAUUUCCGUCCAGCUUGCAAAAACGAAGCAUCCAUGGAAGCGGGCGGUGAUGCUAUGAUGGCUAGCAAUAGCUUCAGCGGGCACAAUUUUGGCUGCGAAAGGGACAAUGCGCCCGAUGUGACUGAUGCUACUAAUGUGGUUGCUGGUGAUGGUGUAUGGUAA